GAGACUCGCCUGGACAGAGGUAUUCAUUCGUACAUUGCAUAGCACAGCAAGGAACAACAUGGACGGAUUCGACGACCCCGGUAUCUUUUUCAGCGACAACUUCGGCGGCGACGAAGGUCAGGAUGAGCAGUACAUCCACAACACCCAGACCAAGAAGAGGUUCAAGGAUUUCUUGAGGGAGUUCCAUGAGGGAAUGAACUACAAAUACCGAGAUGAGCUGAAGCGUCAUUACAACCUGGGCCUGUACUACAUUGAGGUGGACGUCGGGGACUUGGCUAAUUUUGAUGAAGAACUUGCAGACAAGCUGCGCAAGGCACCAUCUGAACUUCUCCCACUGCUGGAGGCUGCGGCGACGGAGGUUGCGGAUGAGGUGACGCGUCCGCGGCCUGAGGGGGAGUCCGAGGUUCAGGACGUGCAGGUCAUGCUGAUGGACGACUCCAACCCUGCCACCAUCAGGGACCUCAAGUCGGAUCAGAUGGCGCGACUGGUGAAGAUCCCUGGGAUCAUGAUCGCUGCCUCAACGAUCCGCGCCAAGGCCACCCGGAUCACGAUCCAGUGCCGCAGCUGCCGCACAUUCGUCCCCAACAUCGCGGUGAAGCCCGGCCUGGAGGGGUACCAGCUGCCCCGAAAGUGCAACACGGACCAAGCGGGGCGCCCCAAGUGUCCGGUGGAUCCCUUCUUCAUCGUGCCGGAGAAGUGCACGUGUGUGGACUUCCAGACGCUGAAGCUGCAGGAGGCGCCGGAGGCCGUGCCGAACGGGGAAAUGCCGCGCCACCUGCAGCUGUACUGCGACAGGUACCUGUGCGACCGUGUGGUUCCAGGGAACAGGGUCACCAUCAUGGGGAUCUACGCUAUCAAGAAGUCAGCAGGAGUCGGCAAGAGAGGUGCCCGGGACAAGGUGGCGGUGGGCAUCCGUAACCCAUACCUGCGGGUGGUGGGAAUCCGUGUGGACAUGUCAGGCCCGGGGAGGAGCAGCGCGGGCGCUGUCACGCCCAUGGAGGAGGAAGAGUUCCGCCGAAUUGCCACGAAACCAGACAUCCACGAGAUCAUCGCCAAGAGCAUCGCUCCCUCCAUCUACGGGAGCCUCGACAUCAAGAAGGCAAUAUCUUGUCUACUGUUUGGAGGAUCCAGGAAGAGGCUCCCUGAUGGUCUGACAAGGAGAGGUGACAUCAACGUGCUCCUUCUGGGAGACCCCGGUACCGCCAAGAGCCAGCUCCUCAAGUUUGUGGAGAACGUCUCGCCGAUUGGGGUGUACACGUCAGGGAAGGGCAGCAGUGCGGCGGGUCUCACAGCUUCCGUCAUGAGGGACGCUGCUACUCGUAACUUUGUAAUGGAGGGUGGAGCCAUGGUGUUGGCUGAUGGAGGGGUGGUUUGCAUUGAUGAAUUUGAUAAGAUGAGGGAGGAUGACCGGGUUGCCAUCCAUGAAGCCAUGGAACAGCAGACAAUUUCCAUUGCCAAGGCCGGCAUCACGACUACGCUGAAUUCCCGCUGCGCUGUCUUGGCCGCGGCAAACUCAGUCUUCGGUCGCUGGGACGACACCAAAGGAGAGGAGAACAUUGACUUCAUGCCGACCAUCUUGUCCCGAUUCGACACCAUCUUCAUCGUUAAAGACGAGCACAGUGAACAGAAGGACAUGACCCUGGCCAAGCACGUCAUGAAUGUGCACAUGAACGCCCUGGCCUCCACGCAGCCCGCCUCCGAGGGAGAACUCGACGUCAACACACUCAAGAAGUACAUCGGCUACUGUCGCAGCAAGUGUGGGCCUCGCCUAUCGAAGGAAGCCGCGGAGAAGCUGAAGAACCGCUACGUGCUGAUGCGGAACGGAGCACGGGACCAUGAGCGCGAGUCUGAGAAGAGGAAUGCCAUCCCCAUCACUGUCAGGCAACUUGAGGCUAUCAUUCGCAUCUCGGAGGCACAGGCCAAGAUGCAGCUGUCUCCGUUUGCGACCGAGGUUCACGUGGACGAAGCGUUGCGCCUGUUCCAGGUCUCCACCCUGGACGCUGCCAUGUCAGGCGACCUGUCAGGCACUGAGGGAUUCACCACAACAGAAGACAUGGAGGAGCUCGGGCGCAUUGAGAAACAGCUGAAGCGGAGGUUCGCCAUCGGGUCACAGGUGUCCGAGCACGCCAUCAUCCAGGACUUCACCAGACAGAAAUACGCAGAGCGUGCUGUGCACAAGGUGCUGUCUCUGAUGAUUCGUCGUGGAGAGAUUCAGUACCGGAUGCAGAGGAAGAUGCUCUAUAGGAUCAAGUAACUGCCAAUCUCAACAUCGCAAGCACCCAAAUCCAACCCCCCAUCUCCAGUCAGCCAGUAGAAUAUUGUGAAAUCCUAUCACAUCUAUCAGAGUCUCGUACAGUUGGAUAGAUACACAGACCCCAUGUGGUCUGGAGCCGGGAAGAUAUAGCUACUUUGGGCAUUCCUCAGAGCCACGACACCACAGCACAAGCAACCAGCCAUCGCCUCCCUGUUUGUUUGUACAGUUCCAACACCGACAAAGUGAUAGUUCCAAAGCUCCAGUCCAUGCGUCCCAUUCCCAUCUGAACGGUAGUGGCACACACCGCGAAGGCCGAGCAGAUCCAAGGGCAUGUCUGUGCCGAAGCAACAGUCCUGUAAAGCCAUGUGCGGCAGUACCCGUGACACUCCAGUCUUUUAUAUCAGCCGCCGCGUGCCCUCGAAUAACGCAGAGCGAUGACCGUCAGAUGGAGGACAAUUCUGAUUUGUUGACUGUAAACAUCGGACGGGGUCGCCAUCAAAGAAAUCGGCGGCUCUCGUCUUUAUCUAAGACGAUGUUCUCUGACAGCUUUGCUCCCCUGCAGACUCACUAUACAUGCAAAUCCAGGUCCCCUGCAGGGGAGCCCAGCUGAGAGCAUUCCCUUGAUGUUCCCUAUUCCAAGAAAGAGGUCCCUCGCUUCACAGACUGUUGCUCCGGCCUAGCGUGCUGCUUGCUUUUGUUCUCCUUUCUCUAUCAAAUUUCUAGGGAGGCGAACUUUUUCUACAAUGAAGCUAUUAAGCGUGAAAGAGAAUUGUGUCAGAAUUUGUGAUCUAUUAUCCUUAGAUAAGUUUAGGAGAACAUUUUAUACAUAGGUUACCUUUGAUUCGAGUUAUAAAGAUGUAUAUAACGUUGACAGGCGGAGAAAGGGUCUCUGUUUUCCCGGUCACGACUGUGCAUAUUGGCCACCUUUUUAUGUGUCAGUCAUGCUACACAGUUGGGAGGGGAGAUAGCAGUGUUUCUGUGUGUUGAGAAAACAGAGGUACAGAGGAGCAUUAUUUAAGCAGCUACUUGUGGACGCCGUAAUCCUCCCUCUGGAAACACAUCCUCACAUUAAGAGUGCUAUUAUGCUUGUUGAUCUAUUAGCUUCCUGAAUGACUUGCUUUCUUUUCCGAUCUGCGGCAGGCUCUGCUCACUUGAUAAAUCGAUGAGCACACAAAGCUAGUGUUGUUUGCGUGGAAGGGGAGAAGGCUUUAAUUUCGGUGACAUGUCGGGGGUCGGGUUGCGCCUUUAUUACCUGAACACUGUGACAUCGUGUCUAUUGUGUGCCGACAGAGGCACAUAGUAGUACUAUAACUACCCUACGACUCACCUGUCGAAUCUAACCUGUCGGCUUUGCUGUUUUUUGUGUAAUAUUAUGAUAAUGAUUAAAAGAUGUACUGUGCAUUGUAUAA